AUGGCCUCCGCGGUUCUCCUGCAGGCGGCGGUGGUGCUCUUCAUCGGGGGGGACGGUGUUUGUAGGGCCAUGUUGAGUGACAUCGGGGACUAUGUAGGUACAGACAUUCAAAUCUCCUGGUUACCAAACCUGGAUGAUUUAAUGAAGGGCUAUGCCAGAAACUUCCGCCCUGGGAUAGGAGGUCCUCCAGUCAACGUGGCCAUGGCCAUCGAAGUGACCAGCAUCGACCAUAUCUCCGAGGCCAACAUGGAGUACACCAUGACCGUGUUCCUGAGGCAGAGUUGGCAUGACAACCGUCUGUCCUAUAACCACACCAACAAGACCCUGGGCCUGGACAGCCGCUUUGUGGACAAACUGUGGCUGCCGGACACAUUCAUCGUCAAUGCCAAGUCGGCCUGGUUCCACGACGUGACGGUGGAGAACAAGCUGAUCCGCCUGCAGCCCAACGGGGUCAUCCUCUACAGCAGCAGGAUCACCUCCACAGUGGCAUGUGACAUGGACCUCACCAAGUACCCCAUGGAUGAGCAGGAGUGCAUGCUGGACCUGGAGAGCUAUGGGUACUCCUCAGAGGACAUUGUUUACCACUGGUCAGAAAGUCAGGCGCACAUCCACGGCCUGGACAAACUGGAGCUGUCCCAGUUCACCAUCACAGACUACCGCUUCGUCACUGAGAUGAUGAACACCAAAUCUGCCGGCCGCUUCCCCAGGCUGAGUCUGCGCUUCCAGCUGAGGAGGAACCGUGGAGUGUACAUCAUCCAGUCCUACAUGCCCUCCAUCCUGCUGGUGGCCAUGUCCUGGGUCUCCUUCUGGAUCAGCCAGUCAGCCGUCCCCGCCCGUGUCUCUUUAGGCAUCACCACGGUUCUGACCAUGACCACCCUGAUGGUCAGCGCCCGCUCCUCCCUGCCCCGCGCCUCAGCCAUUAAAGCUCUGGACGUUUACUUCUGGAUCUGCUACGUCUUUGUGUUUGCCGCGCUCAUCGAAUACGCGUUUGCCCACUACAACGCAGACUAUAGACUGAAGGAGAAGGCCAAGGUCAAGGCCAACAGGCUGGGCUCCGAGGCGGUGGUGAAGAAUGGCAAGCAGGCCAUGGUUCUCUUCUCCCUGUCCGUCACCGGCAUGAACCAGGGUGUUGUCAUCUCCAACCGGCAGCGAUCUCCACGCCCCAGCGCACAGAUUCCCGGUGAGGGUCCAUCCGAGGGAACCCCAGAGGGGCGCCGGAGGUCCCCACAUUCUGAAGAGCUAGAGGAGGAACAGGCUGACCGCAAGUGCUGCUCCAAGUGCGCCUGUAAGCCCAUAGAUGCGGACACCAUCGACAUAUACGCACGUGCCGUCUUCCCCUUUACCUUCGCCCUGGUCAAUGUCAUCUACUGGGUGGCCUACACCAUGUAA